CGUGCAUAUCACGGCGCCCCAUACUGGCUUCCUUGUAAGUAUGCCUGGUAUGUGGUGUGCUGGGGGGCCCAGCCGCAUGCCAAGUGAGAUAAAAGGUUUUGGAGAUGUACUUUCGAAUACUCCAAAUAUCACUUCCAAACCGAUACUUAGGAUGGGAUUUCGUGAGAGUACUUUGCAGCCCAUGACGUUCAAGACUCCGGAAUUUUUCCGAUAUACCCUUGACUCCCGUUCUCCACAGCAAACAAUAGUGGUCAGCCUCGAAGGCUCGACCGAAUGGUUGGUAGGAAAGCUUAGAACGCAAGGACAUUCUAGCCAAGCAUCAAGGGUUCUGAUUGGUGCAGCAAAUACGGACGUACAUCGCCCGGGGAGCCCAGGCGAGAAAAGGAUGAGAUGGCCCAACCGCUGAUAUGGAUCUACGAUAUGCUGAAAGCAUGGGUCAACCUCUCUUGUUCCUGAACACUACGGAGCAUCUGUGUUGAACUCAGCUGUUCCAAGUGCGAAUGUUUGGAACAAGGUCUCGAUCAUCCAAAAGCACCAUUACGAAUCUUUUCUCGAAAUGCAGGGAAGGAACAUUCGUUCGCG